AUGGUUACGGUGCAUUUACUGUUAAAGGAUUUGACAAUUGGAAAAAAAGUUAAUGAUGGGAAAAAGUGUGCAUUCUUGAAGCACUUAGGUUGUUCACAACAUAGAAAUGCUAUUACAUUUGCUGAAAACUUGAUGAAUCAAGCAACACACAUUGAAAAUAUCAUAGUGAAGCAAAAUGAAGCACAAAUACUGAAGAAUCGUUUACGAUUAAAAGCUUCAAUUGACACAGUUCAUUGGUUGACAUUCCAAGCUUGUGCUUUACGAGGCCAUGAUGAAACGCCUAAUUCCAAAAAUCGAGGUAAUUUUCUUCAACUACUAAAACUUCUAGCAUCUUAUAAUGAUGAAGUUGCAAAUGUUACAUUAGAGAAUGUUCCUUAUAAUUCAAAGUAUACUUCUGGAGAUAUUCAAAAAGAAAUUCUUAGUAUUAUUGCAAAUAAAGUUCGGAAGCAUAUUCGUAGUGAAGUCGGGGAUUCAUACUUUUGUGUCAUGGUUGAUGAGUCACGAGAUGAGUCUAAAAAAGAGCAAAUGGCCAUAGUUUUGAGAUUUGUUGAUGCAGAAGGGAUCAUACAGGAAAGGUUCCUGGAUUUGGUUCAUGUUAGGGACACCUUAUCAUUAACCUUGAAAACAAAUAUGUGGACCCAACUUUUGCACUAUCAGUUUGAUGUUAUUAAAAUUUGUGGCCAAGGUUAUGAUGGUGCUAGUAAUAUGAGAGGGGAAUGGAAUGGAUUGCAGGCACUUGUUCUUAAGGAUUGUCCUUAUGCGUAUUAUGUUCAUUGCUUUGCUCACAAAUUACAACUAGCAUUGGUGGCUGCUUCAAGGGAAAUUAUUCCUAUACACCAAUUUUUUACAAGCUUAAUUUUUAUAAUUAAUGUAGUUUGUGCUUCUAGUAAACGACAUGAUGAGUUACAAAAGGCAAAGGCAACUGAGAUUGAACAUUUAUUGGAACUUGGUGAAAUCGAAUCAGGAAUAAUUGAUGAUGUAUCUACUACUUAUUCUCAACGCGGAGAUGCUGAUGCAGCUUACUAUUUCCUGAAAUCAUUUGAGUUUGUUUUUAUUCUUCACUUGAUGAAAGAAAAAUCCCAAGAUAUUCUUAAUGCCAUGGAGUUAGUUUCAGCAACAAAGGAGAGUCUAAAUGAUUUCAGGAACAAUGGAUGGGAUUCUUUAUUUGCACAGAAUCCCAAGCUAAGUGGUGUAUCAACUAUUGCUGACCUAUGUAAGGGUCUUGUAGAAACUCAGAAACGUGAGACAUAUUAUUUGCUUGAUAGAGUGGUUCGGUUAAUCUUAACACUUCCGGUUUCUACCGCAACAACAGAGAGAGGCUUUUCAGCAAUGAAAAUAUUCAAGAACCGCAUUCGCAAUAAGAUGUCAGAUGAUUUUCUUGCAAACAACUUGGUGGUUUACAUAGAAAGAGAAAUUGCUAAAAACAUUGAUACGAAAUCAGUAAUUGAUGAAUUUAAAGACCUUAAAGGUCGUCAGGCUGAGUUGUAA